AUGUCUUUGACUAUCAUGACCCCUUUCCUCGCUGGUAAAAUACGGUCUUUCCUUCGAUUAUUCAGACGCAAGUCGAAGCCUAUCCCUCCGCCACCGCAACAGGAGUUACAGGACAUUCUUAUCCCUCCACCACCGCAACAGGAGUUACAGGACAUCUAUAUCCCUUCACCACCGCAACAGGAGCUACAGGACAUCUUUAUACCCCCACUUCUGAACCUUCCCCUCGACAUCCUCUUCGAAAUCUUCCCACUGCUGCCGCUCCCGUCUCAGGUCUGUCUCGCACUCAGCUGCAAGCCUCUGUAUAGACUCUUUAGCUCGACCCUUCAAGAUGAGAAACUAGCCUGGCCAAGCCUGUUGGCCUGUAAAACAUUCAGGCUACCUGACACACUGUCGAGCAAUGAAGCUCCGCUAAGUUCUCCAAGAACUCAGCUUCUGCUUCAGCUCGAAGAUGACUGGUGGCUUUACUGUGCAGCAUGCUUAAAAAUACAGCCCCGCGCAUUGUUCCGGCAAGAAAUGCAUAUUUGA